AUGGAUGACGCCGACGCUGUUGACUACAAACUGGACAUGACGGACGAUGAACUGCGCGAUAUCGCUGAAUCGGGAUGGACAAUAUACGUUGAAGAGCAUUGCGGUGACCUACAAGUGCGACCUCCUACUAACUAUUAUAGCGGCCCCUGGGGUUCCACACGCUCGGCGGUUGCGUACGCAGAGUCUCCGUUGGCCAUGAUUGUCUAUUUUCUUCCGAAGGAACUUUGGAUUCGGAUUGCGGACGAGACCAAUCGAUAUCGCCAACAAACCAUUGGCGCAGUUGCCGCUUUCCGGAGAGCUAAAAUGCUGGCGCGACAAGCUCAAGAUUCCCGAGUAAGUGUUCCAAGCUUGGAAGACUACGAAGAGAAGCUGGCAUUGGUGUACGGAUGA